UCUGCCGAUGUAAUCAAUGUUCCGGUGAAGCACUGCCGCCACACUGCUGUUUACGUUUAAUAACAUCAAGGGACCGAAUACAAAUAUUAAUGCUAAUGGAUCUUCAUUUUUUCUGCAGUCAAGAUUUCAUCCUUAAGCCUUCCUGAAGAAUCGUGAGGACUCGGCUGUCACCGUCGCCAAGCCGGAUGGAUUCCUUAUUAGAUCUGAGCGCAGUGUGUGUGGCUCAGGAUGCAGAUCGCCAUAUCGAGUUCAUUAAAACUUUACCAUUCAGCAUCAAGGAGAAACUGCUGCGGAUAAUGACGGCUGAAGGCACUCUCACCGAUUCCAACAUAAGUCAGCUCCUGCAUGCAGGAAUUCGCUCCCUCGACCUACAGAACUGCCAGAUUUCAGACUCAGCACUCGGACAAAUCCAGUGUCCUCAACUAAAGACUAUAAUACUAAUAGGCUGCAUGCACAUCACUUCAGAAGGUCUGAACACCUUGGCGUCACACUGUGUUAGCCUUAACAUAGUUGACCUCACUGGGUGUGCGGCUGUAACUGAUUCAGGUGUACGUGCACUGGCACGGAGUUGUAAGUGGCUAGAGGUUAUUUCCCUCAGCGAAUGUCCUGCAAUCAGUGAUGUUUCCCUGAUCGAGCUAGGGGCUAACUGCAGGUGUCUGUACAGCAUUGAUUUUGGUGGGACCGAGGUCACUGAUGAAGGUGUUAUUGGUCUUGCAACUGGAGUAUGCUGCCAGAGCUUAAAGGAGUUACAGAUGGUACGGUGCCGAAACUUAACAGACAUGGCUGUUGCUGCUGUCCUUUCAAACUGUGCCAACAUAAGAAUAUUCCUUUUCCAUGGAUGUCCCCUUAUUACAGAUAAAUCCAGAGAGGCACUUCAGAACUUUAUCGGACCAAACAAGAUUCAACAGGUCUCCUGGACUGUUUACUGAGUCUACUCUAAUGCACACUGUUAGAUCAUGCACCUGUUUAAUUCAAAUAAUAACCUACAGUGAAAAAAAAACAUGCUAAAUUAAGUUUUUUUUUUUUUUUUUACUUACUUUUUUUUUUUUUUGUAUUCUAAGCUGUUGAAAGUGUCCAAAGACUGUGAGUGUAUAGUUUAUGGAAUUUCAGUCACGUGAAUGUGCUUAAUAGUAGUAACAACACGUUUGUAAAUGUAUUUAUUUAACAAUAACUUUAUAAAGUACAUACUGGCUGUAGGAUUUAUUCCUAAUAAAAUUAUUGAAGAUGAAAAGGUGUCUUAAAGCAAUUGUCAACUGUCUUUAGUUAAACCUUGUACUCAAAGUAUUGUCAUAAUUUUAAGAGCCAAGUAAAAAAAGUAAACAUAAUUCUUAAUAUUAAUAUUAUAUGAAAAAAAACCACACUGCUUGCAACACAACUGAUCAGUCAAACUGAUGCAAGAAAAAUAAAAGGUGAUAACUUUC